AUGGAGUUGCAGAAUGCUUUAGAUUUUUCGGCGCAAAAAAUGAGCGGUAUGGACAUGGGAAACUCCUCCCCACAUUCUUGCAAAAUGAGCAUGCUCUGGAAUUGGUAUACUAUUGACUCUUGUUUUCUGUCCAACUCUUGGCAUGCGUAUACGGCAAACAAAUUUGCUGGCUCAAUUAUUGGUGUCAUUUUCUUUGCUAUCGCUAUUGAGGCCUGCAGGAGAGUCCAGAGAAUGUUUGACGCUUAUAUUGCUCAACAAUCUAAUGGAAAGACACUACAAGGCCCCUUACGAUUAUUUUUUCCUGGCAAUACUCUUCAUGUGAAUGUGCGCCAACAGCUCACUCGGGCCUUCCUUCAAACCUGCUAUUACGGUGCCGCUACCAUACUCAUGCUUAUCGUCAUGUCCUUCAAUGGAUACGUUAUUUUAUUUGCCUUUUUUGGCGCUUGGAUAGGAUACCUAUUAUUUUCCUGGGACGACAAUAGUUUCAAUGGUCAUUCAACUGGCAUUGGUUGUUGCUAG